AUGUUCAAGCCUACGACUCCGCUGCUAGGAGGUUUGCUGUGGAAAAUCCCAUGGCGCCUCUCCAGCCGACAAAAGUUUCGCCAGCGAAAGCGUCUUCGAGCAGUCGAUCAGGUCGUUGAUACGGUGGCCGCAGCCCUCGAGCGCAAUGGAAUGGCCCAGGUGAAGGCAGUUCAACGGUGGUAUGAAGAGAUGCCACGGGAAGAGGAAAUGCUUCCCAAGGACAAAUACACGAUCUACGACCGGAAAGAAAAGAAUUAUCGCAAGGGAAUUCAUAAGCUACCCAAAUGGACGAGAGUCAGCCAACGAGUCAACCCUCCCGGAUUUUAA